GAAUGAAAAGUGCUCAUGCUGUCUUACUUCUCGUCUGUAUAGAGGGUCUGCUCGCUUCAGAGAUUGACAUAUCAUGUUAUAAUGGGACCUGUGAGGUCAAGAAGGAUGUUGAAGGUUCAGGCAACUGGGGGGAAUCCAAGGCCCGCUAUUACAAAUUUGUGGAGCAGAAGAAAACAUUUUACACAGCUGAGAUGUUUUGCAAGGAGCAGGGGAAUGAUGCCAAUCUGGCUUCAAUCCACUCCCUGAAAGAAAACAAAGACGUAUUUGAAGCUGCUAUAAAAAUUACUUCAUCUGUUCAACGCUUCUGGAUUGGAGGCUUGCGCUUUCCCAAGAGCUCAUAUUUCAUUUGGACAGACGGAUCAAAAUGGGACUACUCCAACUGGGUAUACGGGCAACCGGACAACGGCAGGGGCAAUGAGAACUGCGUGGAGAUGAACUGGAAAGUGGAACAAGAGUGGAAUGAUUGUAAUUGUGAAGAAUUAAAGCCAUUCGUCUGUCAAAUACAAUAUUAAAUUCAUUAAGCAGAGGAAGUCCUUAAGUUCUAAAAAUGUACAUAUUGUUAAAGGCAACUUUAAAGAAGGUGU